AUGCCAACUCUGUUCCUCCAUUUCUUCCUUUUCUUGAUCACCACCAGUGUUACUAACCUCAUUCCCACAGUUCACAGCAACUGUAUUCAAGCCCAAAAACAAUCGUUGCUCCAUUUCAAGGAAAGUCUUGUAUUUGAUUCUUCUUCUUCCUCCAAGCUUAUCACAUGGAAUUCGAGUACCGACUGCUGUUCUUGGCUCGGUGUAACUUGCAGCAGUAACGGGCGUGUUGUCGGACUUGACCUCAGCAGUGAGUCUAUCUCAUGCAGCAUUGACAAUUCAAGCAGUCUCUUCCAACUUGAACAUCUUCAGAGCCUCAAUUUGGCCGAUAACAGCUUCAAUGAUUCUUCCAUUCCAUCUGCAAUCGGAAAGCUUGCAGAUUUGAGGUAUCUGAAUUUAUCCUCUACUUAUUUUUCUGGGCAGAUUCCCAUUGAGGUUGCACGCUUAACAAGGCUGGUAACUCUUGAUCUCUCUGAUCAAGUUUACUCGUCGUUCGAAGUUGAGAACCCGAAUUUAAGCAUGUUAUUUCAAAACCUCACAGAGCUUACAGAGUUAUAUUUUGAUAUAUCACUAAACUUAUCAGCACAGGGGAGUGACUGGUGUGAGGCCAUAUCAUCUUCACUUCCAAAUCUGAGGGCGUUGGGAUUGUAUGGCUGUGGUCUUCGAGGCCCUAUUUGUGAGUCCCUAGCAAACCUUCAAUCUCUGUCUGAGAUUCAAUUGGGUCAUAACUCCUUUCAUGCUCCCGUUCCAAAAGGCUUUGCCAAUCUUUCAAAAUUGACAUACUUGGACCUUCAGGGUUCUAACUUGCUUGGAACAUUUCCAAAAGAGAUCUUUCAGAUACCUUCCCUACAAACCAUUGACCUUUCUGAUAAUGUUGAUCUUCAUGGUUCCUUUCCAGAAUUUCCAAACAAUGGCUCUCUUCGAUCCUUAAUUGUAGAUAAGACGAGCUUUUCAGGUGAGCUACCCAACUCUAUUGGAAAUCUUAAAAUGCUGUCAAGCAUAGAUCUUUCAGGUUGCAAUUUCACUGGAUCACUUCCCAAGUCGAUUGAAAACCUCACACAGUUGAAUGAUCUGCUAUUGUCAGGGAAUAGAUUUAAGAGUCCCAUUAGUUAUAUCCACUGGGAAACCCUUGUUAAUCUGGGGAGGCUUGACUUGAGCAACAAUCAACUCUAUGGGACUAUUCCAUCAUCCAUUGUUUCUCUUUCCAAGCUGGUAUUUUUGACACUGUCCAACAAUCGGUUCUCUGGUCAAGUCCCUAAAGUUUCCAAUACCUCUUCUUACUUACUUAUUAGCCUUGAUUUGGGAAACAACAAUUUGGAAGGACAAAUACCCAAUUGGAUUUUCAAUCUCAAAUCUCUUAAUGGCCUUGAUCUUGCUUACAACUCCUUGGCCACUCUAGAAGCUCCUCUUCCUAAUUCUACUUCUGUUUUAUCUUCUCUCUACCUCCGUUCCAAUAAGCUUGAGGGUAUCCCUUCCUCAUACUCAUUCCUUCAGCUUGACUUUGUGUCAUUAGCUUCUAACAAGUUGACAACAUUCCCAGACUUCUUGAGAAAUCAAUCGAUGUUAACAACCUUGGACCUCUCAGACAACCAAAUUCAAGGCCAGAUACCCAAUUGGACUUGGAGGCUCAUUUCUCUUGAUUAUUAUGGUGUUCUUAUAAAUCUUUCACGCAACUCCUUCGAAACUUUCGAACCUCCUCCACCUAAUUCUACUUAUGUUGUGACUUCACUUGAUCUUCAUUCAAACCGGCUUCAGGGACAGAUACCAUUGUUCUUGAGUGGUGAUUACUUGGAUUACUCGGGAAAUAAUUUCAACUCUACUAUACCAACUGACAUCGGAGAUUUCAUUCAUGCUGGGUUUUACCUUUCCUUUUCAAGCAAUAACUUACAUGGGUCCAUUCCAAAUUCAAUAUGCAACGCAAGUGGUUUAGUUCUUGAUCUGUCUAAUAAUUCCUUGAGUGGAGACAUACCCCAAUGCUUAACUCAAAAAGGUUCCCCCCGUUCGCGUUCAGUCCUUAAUUUGAGCAGAAACAAGCUUACUGGAACUAUCCCAGAUAAGUUCCAAGAAGGUUGUGAAUUAGAAACGCUUGACCUUAGCAGAAAUCAGAUACAAGGGCAGUUUCCGAAAUCACUCGUCCACUGCUCAAGUUUGGUGGUUUUAAACCUCGGAAACAAUUACAUCACAGAUUCAUUUCCAUGCGGUUUGAUGAACAUAUCCACCUUGCAUGUCCUUGUUUUGCAGUCCAACAAGUUUUAUGGAAGCAUUGGAUGUCCAAACACCAAUGACACAUGGUCUGUGCUUCAAGUAAUAGAUUUGGCUCAUAACAACUUCAGUGGUGAUAUGCCGGGAAGAAUGUUAUUGAUGUGGAAGGCUAUGAUGUCUAAUACGGAUGAUUCUCCAACUACCCUUGGAUAUUCUAAUCCACAGGACGGACCAACUACUCCUCAAGUUUAUUAUGCAGAUGCAAUUACGACUAUCAUCAAAGGCUUAGAGUUCCAUCUGGUAAAAAUUCCAAACAUAUUCACCUUGAUUGACUUCUCCUCAAACAAAUUCAACGGAUCGAUACCUGAGGAAAUCGGAGAGUUGAAAUCACUCUAUGUUCUCAACUUGUCCAAUAAUGCUUUCACAGGGAGAAUCCCAUCAUCAUUUGGUCAGAUGCAACAAUUGGAGUCCUUAGAUCUCUCAAACAACCAACUGAGUGGCACAAUUCCACAACAGAUGGCAAAACUCAGUUUCCUUGCUGUCUUGGAUCUCUCAAAUAAUCAACUGGUUGGGAGAAUCCCCACCGGUACUCAGUUUUCUACAUUUCCACGUACCUCAUUCGAAGGUAACAAAGGAUUAUCGGGGCCUCCUUUGACAACGGAUGCAUUGUUGCCGCCACCAACUUCAAAUGGAAGCUUGAGACCUCCGAGUUCUGGAAAUGAGAUUGACUGGAAUAUUAUCUCUGCUGAAAUUGGAUUUACAUGUGGGUUUGGACUUGCCGUUGGGUCACUUUUGUUUUGCAAAAGAUGGAGGAAAUGGUAUUUCAGAGCGAUGCGUAGUGUUCUUUUCAAGAUAUUUCCUCAGCUGGAGCAGAGGUUUGGUAUUCAUAGAAGACAUGUUUACAUAAACACAAGUCUUUGAAAUGGUUCAUAUGGUGCUAGACUCUAUAUUGGAUAUGCA